AUGCUGACUCCCUGGCUCGAGGCGUUCCCCAAGACUGCGGGCGAGAUCAUCGACGAGAUCGACACGCACAUGGGCUACAAGCUGUCGGCCGUGAUCCAGGACGGGCCGCACCGCGACCUCACGGCCACGCCCAACGCCCAGCCCGCCAUCAUGGCCACCUCGAUCCUCAUCCUGCGCAUCCUCGAGCGCGAGUUUGGCUUCAGCGUCCGCGACCGCAUCGACGUCUCCCUCGGCCACUCCCUCGGCGAGUUCGCCGCCCUCGUGGCCGCAGGCGUCCUCCAGUUCCAGGACGCCUUGCACAUGGUGCACACCCGCGCGCAGGCCAUGGCGCGCGCGACCCAGAAGGCCCGCGACGAGCACGGCGGAGACUACGGCAUGGUCGCGCUGGUCACGGAGCCCGAGUACCUCCAGGGCCUGAUCGACGCGGUCGACGACUUUGUCGGCUACCGCAGCGCAGGGCUGCGCAGCAGCGACCCGGCCGAGUCGGCUCGUGUGCAGCCCAUCGACCAGGUGCUCAUUGCCAACAUCAACUCCAAGAACCAGAUCGUGCUGAGCGGCUGCAUCGAGCGCAUCAAGGAGCUCACCGCGCACGUGCGGCAGUUCCUCGGCCACGACCCGCGCGCGGUCCGCCUCAACAGCGACUCGCCUUUCCACAGCCCCAUCAUGAGCCCGGCCGUCGAGGUGAUGCGCGAUCUUCUCUCGCGCACCAGCUGCGUCCCCGGCCGCGAGGACCAGAACGUCGUGACAUACCCGGCCGACAUCCCCUGCGUGGUCAGCAACGUCUCCGCGCGGCCCUUCCGCGACGCCGACGACGUGCGCGAGCUCCUCGCCCGCCAGUGUCUCGAGACGGUCCGCUGGUGGGAGAGCAUACAGUACCUCGACCGCGAAGAGAAGGUGCGGCGCUGGAUCGGCAUCGGACCCGGCAAAGUUGGGCGGAACUUGGUCGGGAAGGAGGUUGGCAUGCGCGGUGUCGAUACAGUAAAAGGAGGCGGGGUGUGGGCCAUCACAGACCCUUAUGAGAUCGAGGAGGUACUCCGGGGGCUGGAGAAGACGGAGGCGAUCAAGGAGGAAGAGGAGGAGGAGGAGCAACAGCAGCAGCAGCAGUAA